AUGGAGUCGCAGAGCGCCUGGGAGCUGGAGAAUGCCACCAAACUCGUCGACUCGAACCGCGAUGCACUCUACGACUACGACUCGGAAGGGCAGAAGAAGAUUGGCGAGCAGAAGCCAUGGCGGACAGACCCACAUCACUUCAAAUACGUGCGCAUCUCGGCCGUGGCGCUGGUGAAGAUGGUCAUGCACGCUCGUUCUGGAGGAGACAUCGAAGUCAUGGGCCUCAUGCUGGGCUACAUUGAGCACGAGACAUUCAUCGUCACUGAUGCGAUGCGACUGCCGGUCGAGGGUACGGAGACGAGAGUCAAUGCACAAGACGAAGCGAACGAGUACAUGAUCACCUUCCUCACCAAGUCGCGCGAGUCUGGACAGCUCGAGAACGCCGUGGGUUGGUAUCACAGUCACCCAGGUUACGGCUGCUGGCUGUCUGGCAUCGACGUGACGACUCAGCACACUCAGCAGCUGUUUCAGGACCCGUUCCUUGCCGUCGUCAUUGAUCCACACCGCACCAUCAGCGCCGGCAAGGUCGAGAUUGGAGCCUUCCGCACGUACCCAGAGGGCUACAAACCAGAUGGCCAGGAGUCUGCUGCUGAAGGCAUGAGCGCUGUUCCCAUGGCGAAGGCUCAAGACUUUGGUGCCCACGCCAACCGGUACUACUCCCUGGAGGUCUCGCAUUUCAAGUCCACACUGGACAGCAAGCUCCUGGAGGCUCUAUGGAACAAGUACUGGGUGCAGACGCUUUCUUCAUCACCGCUCGACACAAACCACGACUAUGUCACGCGACAGAUUGAGGAUCUGGCAGCCAAGACGAAGCUCGUACAGGAGAAUGCCAAGCAACGCAAUGUGCCUCUCGGACCACAGCGUAGGACCAAAGGCGGAGAUGAGCAGAUGGCGAAGAUUGUCAAGGCAGCGGAGAAGAUUGCCAGCGAGGAGAAGUCUGGUCUUAUGGCAGCCAUGGUGAAGGAGAGGGUGUUUGCAGAGGCAGCUCCACAGGCGGCCGCUGUUGCCGGAGAGAUGGAAACCAACGGCACCGACACGCAGAUGUCAGAUGCAAAGGACGGCUCAUGA